AUGGAAUAUCACAAACCAAGGUUACCCUUGAUAAGCCUCCUUAUUAUUUCAUGUGCUUUAUUCUUUCUUUUCAAACGUAGUGAAGGAAUAUUUCAGACGAAGGGACUGGAGGGAACGGAAAAAAGGCUAGCUGUUAAUUUGAUGAAGAUAUAUGAAGAAACAAAGGAUGUUGAAUCUAUUUUUUAUGAAAAUGUUGAUAGAGUUCACAACAUGUUUGAGGAAAUAAAGAAAAAAGAUAACAUGAACAAUAAUGAUGAUAAUAAUAAUGUAAAGAAAUAUAAAUAUGAUGAAGAAGAUAUAGAUACCGAAAAAGCAUCUCCUUUAAAUCCAUACUUAGCUCCAAGUUUUGUGGAGAUGCAAUCUAAAGGACCUGUAGAAGACGAAACAAUUUGGAGAGCUCUUUACGACACUCAACUAAGAAGAUCCCCACCUACUGAAGAGGUUCAUGUUUUUUCUUCUGAGGAUGUAAAGAAAGAAUAUAAUGAAGCCAAAAUGGAUUCUUUUAUAUAUCAAAUUUAUAUGAUGAAAUCAGAGUUUGAUAAAAACUUAAAUUAUAUGAAUGCAGAAAUGUUUAGACAAAAAAAUAAAAAAAAAGUAUUACAUGAUGCAUCUUUGUUUGAUCAGCAUAUAAAAAAAAUGAAUAAUAAAAGGAUAUGUAAAAAUGGACCUCUGAAAAAGGAAUAUUCUACUCAGAUAUUGUGUUGA